AGAAAAUCCAGAUACUAACAUUAUCCUUUUUUGUAGAGAGAGAAAUAUACAGACAGUGAAGUUCUAGAGAGAGAGAGAGAUGGCCUGAUAUAGCUUUCAAAGCCUCAGAUUAUCCUCACAAUCACAGUUUUGAGAAACAAUGGCAAUCGGCUCGCUUAUCUCCAAUCGGAAUUUGGGGUCUUUUAUCGAUUCAGGGCAAUUUUAUAAAAGGGAACAUGCUAUAGGAUAUCACCGAGGAGAAUGGUCAGGCUAUGCUGCUGUACAGUAUGUCCACACAACGAUGUUCCACAAGAGUUUAUGUGUUCAAAGGAAAAGCUGUUCUUUGCUUAGAUGCUCUUAUAGUCCAUCUUUUCAUCUCAUUGGUCUUUCUAACGGUAAUCCACUGAGCUCAAACACAACGUUCCGGGAUGAGGAGCAUCCUCUUUCAUUGUGCCAGCAACUUAGCAAAAAGUUUCAGAACACUAAUCAUAGGCGGAGAAUCAGAGCAAUGUGUGCAUGCUACCUUGCUUCAACCUCCUUUUCCAGAAAGCAACCGAGAAAGCUGGAUGACCUUGGAAUCGCUAACCGGCGCCAUCACUUUUCAAAGCAUCUGACAGUUAAAAUGACCCGUGCUGACUACAGAUCUGAGGACUCUGAUAUUGGUGGAACGGGGGUGGACUCAUUUCUAUCAUCAGAGGGACCAAGUGAAGUUAUUAUAGGGAAACAUGUGGAGCAAAGAAAACCUUGGUGGGAGCAGUUUCCAAAGCGAUGGGUGAUAGUACUGCUUUGUUUUGCUGCAUUUCUGUUAUGCAACAUGGACAGAGUGAACAUGAGCAUUGCAAUACUUCCAAUGGCGCAGGAGUUUAACUGGAACAGUGCAACAGUUGGUCUCAUUCAGUCUUCAUUUUUCUGGGGCUAUCUGCUCACUCAGAUUGUCGGAGGUAUCUGGGCCGAUAAAAUUGGUGGGAAACUAGUAUUGGGUUUUGGAGUGAUCUGGUGGUCCAUUGCCACAGUUUUGACGCCGAUUGCUGCCAAAAUUGGUCUUCCUUUCUUACUUAUCAUGCGCGCCUUUAUGGGAAUUGGUGAGGGGGUCGCUAUGCCUGCUAUGAAUAAUAUGCUUUCCAAGUGGAUUCCUGUCUCUGAGAGAAGCAGAUCGCUUGCACUUGUAUACAGUGGCAUGUAUCUUGGUUCUGUCACAGGACUGGCUUUCUCUCCCGUUUUAAUCAAAAGCUUCGGGUGGCCAUCUGUAUUUUUUUCGUUUGGUUCCCUCGGAAGUAUCUGGUUUGCAUUAUGGCUGAGUAAGGCACACAGCUCACCUCAAGAAGAUCCAGAACUGAGUGCGGCCGAAAAAAGGUUUAUCUUGGGCAGCAGCAAUGCCAAAGAGCCUGUAACUGUCAUACCUUGGAAACUAAUUCUAUCAAAAGGCCCUGUUUGGGCUCUCAUCAUCUCCCACUUCUGCCAUAAUUGGGGAACCUUCAUUCUUCUGACAUGGAUGCCAACAUACUAUAAUCAGGUGUUGAAGUUCAACCUCACCGAGUCCGGACUACUAUGUGUAUUGCCAUGGUUGACCAUGGCUGUUUUUGCGAAUGUAGGAGGAUGGAUUGCAGACACCCUUGUGAGCAAAGGUCUCUCCAUAACUUCAGUUCGCAAGAUAAUGCAAACAAUUGGGUUCUUGGGGCCUGCCUUCUUCCUUACACAGCUGAGCCGUGUCCGGACACCUGGUUUGGCGGUGCUGUGCAUGGCAUGCAGUCAGGGAGCAGAUGCAUUCUCACAAUCUGGCCUUUACUCGAACCACCAAGACAUUGGGCCCCGUUAUGCUGGAGUAUUGUUGGGACUAUCCAACACUGCGGGAGUGCUUGCUGGUGUCUUUGGUACAGCUGCAACUGGAUUCAUUCUCCAAAAAGGAUCUUGGGAUGAUGUGUUUAAGGUAGCUGUUGUUUUGUACAUUAUCGGCACAUUAGUCUGGAACAUAUUUUCAACAGGAGAGAAGAUUCUGGACUAGGUAUACCAAGAGGGGGAGGGAUGAGAAGAGAUGAAGCAGUUAGAGAUGGGAGGAAUAUCAGAAUUUUAAACACAAAAGGAAGAUAUGUUUACCAUUUAUGGCUAAGAGAUCACCAUAUUCAAAGUUCUCUUACUAAAUCAUGAGGCUCUUAAUCCCCAACUCCUGACAAUUUUGCAGGUUGGCUCCAGGGCAUUGCUUCUAUUUCAUGUUUCUCAGCUAAAUUAGGAUUGUUAUGGGUAAUUUUUACCCGUUAAACUUCUCUUUGGCUCAUACAGUAUUCAAAGUACAUGCAAUCUGUAAGAAGGAAAUCUGAUACCAUCCUAACAUCUUUGAUACUCGAUUGGUGUAUUAUCAAGAGUACCUUACAAUUCACGUCUUGUUUCUUUGUUCA